AUGAGUCCCGAGGAAGAUUUCCAGAUUUCGUGUACCACCAAUGGUAGUUUCUACGUAUGCGAAGAUGCCAAAACGCGAUUCCUUGGCUGUUGUGAUAUCGACCCAUGCGCUGAUGGAUCGGGAUCUUGCGAAUUUGCUGAUCUGUGGCAGAUAGAAUGGGGCGGAAGUGAUUACUCGGACACCGUCCCAGCCCAGAACUGCAAGGCACCGCUAACAGAAGACGACUGGUAUGCAUGUGAUGACAGCUCCUUCAUGGGCUGUUGUAGUUCAAACCCAUGCUUUGAUGGAGAUGACUCGAACACCUCGACUAGCGCCCAGAAUCUUCCCUCAUCAAACUUUAUGGGCCCAUCGCCGAUAUAUAAUGGGAGGGUUUCAACUGUAUCCGAACUUAGCGGCUACGCGAUAUCACCUGACAGUCCACAUCCACUAAGCCAGCAACGAUAUCCAGAUGUGAGCCCCAUCUCGGAGUUAGAAGGGUCGACAUACCUGCGGGAGUACCACGAGUUGGACUCUGCUAUUUCGUCACAGAUGCCACAUCAUAUAAAUCGAUAG